AGCGGAAGUGAAUGCUGUUCAAAAAAAUGUGACGGCGUAUGUCUAAGAGAAGUUAAAAAUUUGGCGGAAUACUUGAACCUAAUGCGGUCUGUAUAUACCGAAUAUUGUCUUUCGACCAGUACCCUGUGCAAUCAUAACAGCGAUUGCUGCUCCAAAAAUUGCGUCCGUGUUAAAGGAAAUCUCUAUUCCUCUUGUGCCGCCACUGCACCAAAUCUAUUUGAUAAUAAUGACAGAACUAAUCAGAGGCCGUCACUAGAAUUUGAGGCCGGCCAUUGUCAGCCUAACGGACGAAAUUGCUUCAUGGAUGAUGACUGCUGCUCAAAAAAUUGCAUGCGCGUUCAAUUCCCUACAUCUCUCAGUCAACUUUGUGCUCCAGGUUCACCUAAUUCUACUGAAGUAAUUACUCAGGCCUGUGGUGAUCAGGAUAAACAAAAAAUUGAAAAGGCUCCAAAUUGCAUCGCGAAUGGAGAAUUCUGCCACCAGGACGAAGAAUGUUGUUCUAAGUCAUGUAGAUUUUUCGGAAUGUCUAAUCAUCGAAUAUGCGUUGGUGCUCGAGCAGAAAAGAAUGCUGUUCAAAUAGAUGCGACCGGAAGUGUCUGCACGUAAUUAAAAAUUUGGCUGAAUAUUUAUUGCUUAUGCGUAGUGGAGGUUUGAGCUAUUGUCUGGCGACCGGAACUCUAUGUAAUGAAAACAGUGAUUGCUGCUCCGGAAAGUGUUUUCGUCCGAGUAAAAAACUUUAUUCCACUUGUGCUGCCGAUCUAACUAAUGUUCCAAUCAAUAAUAACAAUAACAAU